CCCUCCCACUGAAACACAUACACAGACACGCAGAAAGCGGGAGACGUAUUUAAAACUUUUUGAGAUCUGUCACAGACUUUGUCAUCCCGAAAAUCGUGGCGUUAGUCGCACGAUUAAUUACUAUACUGACAGAAGAUUUCGCGCAGCUCCUUUACUAUAUCAGCCGAAGGAAACGUUACCGUGAACUCUCUAAGAAAGUUUUCCUCAGCAUUACUGAAGAUUCGCUGAGUGUGUGGGGACCACUCAAGAAGACACCCCACUGCUUCUGUUUCUGCCACGUCUGGCUUCAGGAAAGCGUUCUCUUCCAGCCAUGUGGCUAACGGCACACAUACACCCUUCCUCCAUCCUGUUUUUGACCCUCAGCUGCUUGGCCUCUGCAGGUCCAUUGUCUCGGAGCCCUUGUGAACUUUUGCCAGUUGGGGUGGGUCACCCGGUUCAGGCCAUGUUAAAGAGUUUUACUGCCCUAUCAGGCUGCGCUAGCCGAGGAACCACCAGUCUUCCUCAGGAGGUGCACAUCAUCAACCUACGAAAAGGCAAUGCACAAGGAGCCAGAGAGAAACCAGCAGAGGUGGCGUUACAUCUGCGGCCCAUCCAGUCUCUGCAAAUGCACCAGAAACCACUGGUCUUUGUCCUGAACUCCCCUCAGCCCGUCCUCUGGAAGGUUCGGACAGAGAAACUGGUCUCAGGAGUCAAACGCAUCUUCCAUGUUGCAGAGGGAUCUGAAGUGCAUUUCGAGGCAGGAAAUUUCUCUGAGUCGUGUGAGGUGAAGGUGGAAAAUCUUCCUUAUGGCAAUGAGCACCUGCUUUCCUGGGCCCAUCAUCGUUAUCGUGCUGUUACGUCUUUCAGCGAGCUCAAGAUGGCCCAUGACAUCUACAUCAAGGUUGGAGAGGACCCUGUCUUCUCCGAGACCUGUAAGAUUGAUAACAAGUUCCUCUCUCUGAACUACCUGGCCAGCUACAUCCAGCCCCAGCCAUCCACAGGGUGUGUUCUCUCAGGUCCUGAUAAUGACCAGGAGGUCCACAUCAUCGAGCUCCAGGCACCAAACUCCAGCAGUGCAUUCCAAGUGGAUGUGAUCGUGGAUAUAAGGCCACUGGAUGGUGACGCCCCACUCCAUCAUAACAUUGUGUUGAUUCUGAAGUGUGAAAAGCCAGUGAAUUGGGUCAUCAAAGCCCACAGCAUCAUCGGCAAACUGGACAUUGUGACGUCAGAUACUGUCGGCCUGAAUGAUGACACAGAAAGGCUGAUGCAGGUUUCAAAGACGGUCAAACAGAAGCUGCCCGCAGGAUCUCAGCCUCUGAUCCAGUGGGCAGAGGAAAAUGGAUUUAAACCUGUCACUUCCUACACCAACACCCCUGUCGCCAACCACUUCAAACUGCGCCUCAGAGAACAAGACCUAGGAAUCAUGGAUGAGGGAAUAUUCCCACCAGAGCUGUCCAUUCUCCGCAAUACCAACCCACUUCCAAAGCCCAGCGCCCGGGAUUCCCCUGCACCGAAUGGGUUCCCGUUCCCCUUUCUGCCAUCCAUGGAGCAGGGCCUGUCAUUUCCACCUCUGAUGCCAUCUCUCGAGGAACGAGUCUCUCAGGCUGGGGGUCCAGAGGAGCACCAGGGAUCUCCUAAUGUAGGAUUCAGUGUGCAAUGUGAGAAGAACAAAAUGGUGGUCAGCAUUGACAAGGAAACUCUUCAGGCUAAUGGGUUUGGAAAACCCAAUAUCACUCUUCAGGACUCCCAAUGCAAAGCAACCUCCAAUACCACCCACUAUAUACUGGAGACGCCCCUGUCUGGCUGCCAAACCACCAAAAUCCCCUCCCACCCCAGCCCAGUGGUCCUCUAUAUCAAUUCAAUUGUUAUUAGCCAAUCGGAACAGAAGGAUGGAAGUGGCUGGCCCGUUGAUGAUGAAGAUCUAGAUUCAGGAGAUGUCGUAAUACCUGGAGAUCCAGAGGUGACAGAAAGAAUUUUUCCAGAAAGCAGACAUCGUGCGAAUAUCAUGUUCAACUGCACAUACCAUAAGAACCAGAAAACCCCACUUGACAGUGAGAGUGGAUCUGAUGAUUUCCUUGUAGACUCUCUAGACAAUGUUACCUUCAACAUGGAGCUGUAUAACAAUGCUUUCCUCUACCCCAUCACUCAGUCGUUCCUCACCAUCACUGAGAACAGGCCCAUCUAUGUGGAGAUUUCAGCCACAAAAGCCGAUCCUAACCUUGGGUUCAUGAUCCAGACCUGCUUCAUAUCUCCAGACUCCGAUCCUUUCAUGCCAUCGGACUACGUUGUCAUAGAGAACAUAUGUCCCAAGGAUGACUCUGUUCUCUAUUACCCUCAGCGAAGCGAUUUCCCCAUCCCUCACGCCCAGAUGGACAAAAAACGCUUCAGUUUCACCUACAGGUCAAAGUUCAAUGUAUCAUUGCUCUUCCUGCACUGUGAGAUGUCUCUCUGCUCCAGAAGAAAUGACAAGGAGAUGAACCUGCCAGAGUGUAUGUUACCGGAUGAAGCCUGCACUUCCCUCAGUGUGGACAACAUCCUACUCAUGAUGAGGAAUACCAAGACCUUCACCAAGCCAAUGGUGGUCAUCUCCGACAACACACCUGUCACUGUUAAGGUCCCUGAGGACAUAUUUCCAAAACAAGACAUCAUAUAUGUGUUGGACACCCCAACUGUAGUGGGCAUCGCUUUUGCUGCCUUUGUGAUCGGAGCCCUUCUGACUGGCGCUCUAUGGUUCAUCUAUUCACAUACAGGUGGCACAGGAGCGAGGCAGCAGGUGCCAAAGUCCCAGCCGGUGUCUGAGAACAGCAGUGCGGCUCACAGUAUCGGCAGCACACAGAGCACGCCGUGUUCAAGCAGCAGUAACGCAUAGAGCGGCUAGACUGACUGCUGCUUCCAUUGGUAUUCUGCUUUGUAGAAGAAAGGAAGAAUAUGUGAUUUAGUAGCACAUCUUGAAAACACCAGGCCUUAUUAUUUUCAUUAUUUGAACUGAAAUGUUUAGGCUGAAUAUACAACCGGAUGAAAUAAGCUACGUUUAGAGGUGAGGGAAAUAACAAAAUCAAGAUCCCAGACAGUUUUAAAAUGUUGCUUUUUUCUUGAACCCCACAAGAGAGUGUUGUUUUUGCCUUAUAUGGUUGAGAUCAACGUGAAAAUAACAAAGGCUGUUUACACCAGCCAUUAUGGCAUGAAGGCGGUCCAGAGGAACAGUUAGUACUCAGUGAAGUUUCACAAUGGUUCUGUCUGCACCUAAACAAAGAUUAGUUCUUUGCCCAAUCAAGCAUACAUAUAUAAGAUAUUUGACAAGGGAAAUUACAUUUCUUAGUCGUGAUAAAUGAUUUUAAUGGUCAGUUUGCCCAUAUCUGGCUUUUAAUACCCAGAUGCCAAUCAUUUAAUUAUACAUUAUAGUGUUCAGUAUUCUUUAAGACCAGACGUCUUCGGGAUUCAGUGAAUGGUGUAAAAAGCCUUUAUCAGUGGACAGUUUUUGGCAUAUUGUAAAAUAUGUAUAUUCUGUUAAUAUUGUAUGGAAUGCAUAGAAAUUUAAAGUGGAAAUAACUCCAUAAAAAAAGCUUUAUCUAAAACCAAAUAUUUAUCAAAUGUUUAUACACCAUUAAGGAGAUAAUUUUAAAAUUAAACAAUUAAUCAUAAAGCCUAAUAUAAAUUAAUUUACAUAUAUACAUGCAUAAGCUUUUUCCCAGAAUUGGCCUUUAAAAGAUAGUUGCAAAAUAAUAAUAAUAAAAAGAAGAUUCUAACUUAAUAUAUGAUGUUUAGUUGUUUCCCACCCAAAUUUUGAUGUUCGAUAGCCACUAUUAGUCUCUGUACAGAUAAUUACAGAUAAUAAGCAUUUUAUUAUUUUUUAGUCAAAAAUGGACUUAUGUAUUUUAUAGAAUGUUAUUUUUAAAUGCUGGGCAUUAUUACUCAACAUGAGUAUAAAAGGUAAUGAUUUCAGCAAACAGCAGACUGUUAUAUUUUGAUAUUUUGUCCUUAAAUUACUAAAACAAAUUUGUUAAGAAUGAUUUAAACAGUCUCUGUGUGCCUAGUCACAAAAGAUGUACAUAAUCUGAUGCCAAAGAAUGGGUAUUUACUUUCCAGUCUUUUAGUGUUACAGUAGCAUCUGCGGUGUAUAUGUUCAGGUACUAACCUACCACUAAAGUCAACACAAAAUCAACAUUUCUCAAAAAAAUCAUUACUUUAUUUCUGCUGUGUAUGUGAAGUUAACAUUUUGGGAUUUAUUUUUUAAACAUGCAUACAGAUGCACUUGUAAAGUGCAAGAAAUGUAUGAAUGCAAAGCCAGAGUAAUCCCACCGUCAAAACUUUACAUGAAUGUCAUAACAUUAUAUGUGCCUUAACUUUGAGUAUAUGAUAAUUUCAGAGAUAAAAUGAGGCAAGAAGGGAAGUGGUGUUUGCUUUGCUUUAAGCACAGUAUAUACCCUCUGAUGUGAAAAUCUGCCAAAUCUGUGCAUCUAGUUGUUUGGUUGUUUUUAAUAUCUAAUGUUGCUUUUUUUUUUUUGUGUUGCUUGCUACAGACUGUACCUAUAGAAUGUACUUUAUUUCAAACCUUAAUUUCAUUGUAAACUUGUAUAAAUGUCUCCUGUAAGAGGAAAGAGAGUAAGAAUUUAAACAUUUAUUUGUGUAUAAAGUUAUAUUUUUCCAGAGAUAUAUAUAUAUAUAUAUAUAUAUAUAUAUAUACAUAGAGCCACCCUAUAAUUCUAUCUACAUACUGUGAAUUUUUGUGGGCAUAUUUCUAGAAAAUGUUGCGUGUUUUCUCUAAAUCUAAACAUAGUCCAUAAUGCUGAAGUGAGCUGCAUUCACUUAUAUGUUCCUGACAUAAUCAUAUAAAAUAAGAUUUUAUUAUAGAUAUAUUUUUUACAAGCAUCUUUUAUAUGAGAACACUAUAUUAUUUGGAAUACAAAAUAUAUUUUGAUGAUGCAGAUGUUUUUAUCUCUCUUUUAAGCUCUUCACCAGUGUCUGCGUGUGUUUGGUCACACUAUAGCUCUAUGUAUCCAUGUAUGUGGGUUUAAAUGAAUGAUUAUAUGCAUAGUCCUUCUAUUGCGUCUUUUGGGAAUGUUUAAAACAAUGCUGUCUAACAGAGUUUGAAUCUCUGAUAGGUGUAAUCUAGAGUCAUUUAAUGGCUGUAGAGGUAACAGAGGCCUUGUUGGUUUUAUAAAAAGGUCUUUCUUUCAUUCCAGUAAACACUCUGUAUUGUAAUAAACUCUUUAUUUUGAAAUGUAAGUUCACACUGCUGUGUCUGACACAGUGGUUUUCCUGUAUGUUGAAUGGUGAAAAUGAUUGUGCUGUCUUUCUGUUUAUCUACCUCAUUUGAGUGCGUCUAUGUGUGUAUAAGGUUUCACUGUCUUGACAUCAAGAAUAUGUUACUGUACAUAUUGUGUGAAUCUUGAUGUUACAUAAAAUAUAUCACAUCAAAUGUUUUAUCUUCCAGAUUUGACAGUUGACUUCAUAUCAGUCACCAGGCUUUCCGACAAAAGAGGAAAGUCUGAAAGAUGUAAAUGUGAACAUUUUCAGGCUGUCUUGCUCUGAAACUACACACUAUUUGUGAAUAGUUUGUUUUUUUGUCCAGUGGUAUGUGAAACCUUGUAGUGUUUGUAAAUACAAUGUGCUGUAAAUAUGCAUGCUAUAUGUAUGCUCUGUAUAUACCAAAUAAAUUGUUGUAAUCUUU